AUGAAAAAACUUCUGCAGACAUGUCAGCGCAUCGAGACUUCAAAUGUGGAAGUAGAAACCAUAGGGACACAGGAAACCACUGACGUUGAUAUCUCAAUGGAAGAUGACAUGAUACCACGCUUACAAUUUCUUGACUCGAACCCCGACCUAGGGGGAGAUUUCUUGGUGCUGUUGACAGAAUUGAUCAAACAUGAGCAAGAACCAACAAGCUUUAUACCCACUAUUGAUACUAUCACCUGUCAGAGUUAUUUAAAACCUUUGAAGGUAUGGUGCCCCUUGUUAAAUUCUUCUUUCAUGACAUUCUUUUUGCACGAGUUUAAACUUCAAGAACAUCUGUCAUUACUAUUCGAUUAUUAUUUAUUUGGAAAAAGUGAGUUUGUCAUUGGAUUGAAAGAAACUUUUUUUAAAUCGCGCAUUCAGCUGGAACAUGAAACAUGUUGGCCACCGAGGCCUUAUCAGCUAAAUGCAGCAUUUCGAAACUUGUUGCUGGAAGAAAAGUUAGUUUCAUUCUCCAUACGUGAAUCCACUGAAUCUAGUGUCUGGUUGAAUCCCACUUCGGUGGAAGCACUGGAUUUUUUAGAGUUAAACUAUAAUGCAACAUACCCGCUUGAUAUUGUCAUUACACCAGUGAUCAUCAGCAAAUAUAACCGAAUCUUUACAUUUCUGCUGCAGAUACUACGAGUGAGCGCAGUCCCCAAGCGAAGUUUCAGAUAUCUAAAAACCACCCAAUGGCAUCAGACAAAUGUCCGAGACAAGAUAUUCCGCUAUCGCUUUCAGAUGGAUCAAUUUAUGAACGCUGUACAAGGAUAUGUUCAUGACACAGCGAUACAAGGUACAUGGUCACGAUUUAUGGAGCAUGUAGAAGGCAUGAAAACAUCAUCAAAUGAUGUAUACUCUCUUAUUAUGGAACCUCAUACGUUUAAAGAGUAUCACGAACAUGUAUUGGACUGUAUUUUGUAUCAGUGUUUUUCUAAAAAGAGUCAAUUACGUGUACUAAAUACCUUGUAUCCUAUCAUGCAUGAUAUUGUCAUCUUUGGUGCUGUAUUGGAUGAUUAUACCGUAUUAGAUUCGAAAGCGGAAGAAAAGUUGAUGAUGAAGUGUAAACGAAUAUUUCAGCAGUUUGAUAGACAUGUAACGGUGUUUAUACGUGUGCUACAUCUGAUUGAAGAAAAAGGGUCAGGAAGAUUAAGUAAUAUCCUAAACAAUACUAGUGUCAGUAUAUUUAAGGAUUUAUAUGCCAAACAUGAAGCUAAAUUGGCCGUGGAUGUUUUCGUGAAAGAUUUAAUCGUUCGUUUGAGUUUAAAUGGUUUUUAUCACGAUUGA